GAGGGUGAAGCGACCAGUCUGGCGAGGAUGGCUGCGAGGAGCACACCUCUUGACCCCUCGCCGCCACGCUCUAUAUGACUAGUGUCUCCUCUAGUACACCCUCCUGGCCGCCGCUCACUCUAUAACCCACCUCCGGGGGCGCCCUCUUCCUCUCGUGUGACAACAAGGUCGGGAGAGGAAGCGUGUAAACAGUGCCGUGUUGGGAAACAAGUGAGUGUGUGUUGGGUGGACGGGAUUGACAGUGCAGACGGAAAUUAUUCACCGUAGUUGAGGAUAGAGGUGACGGGCAUGGCGGUGUGAGGUGACGGAGGCAGGCAGACGACUCCCACCAUCAUAUCCUGCAGCCACAGAUCAUCUGAGAAAGGGAAGCACCGGAGAAACAUGGGAAGAACACUUCAGUAAUAUAACACCAUGUCCACAUCACCGCCCACAGACCGCUCGCUGGACCACCGCCACACACCCCCACACCUCGCACCAAUGACACCAAGAAGCAAGUCAGUGCGGUGACUCGCUGUUGGAGGCAAUAGCAACGAGGGGAUUCUUCACUUGCAAGUGUAGUGCUCCAAACACCAUGUCUCUUCUGGCUCUAUGAUUCUCCAAGCGGCCACUGUAUUCAUAUCUAUAGUUUUACAAGCAACCUCUCAUUUGGUGUUCUGUUUUUAUUAGCGACUGACGUUUUGACUCGUCUCUGUGUUCAACUCUAAUGCCAAAAGUGACUGGCGCAGCUCAUACCAUCGACCUCAAGAUACACCUUCACAAAGUCAACAUAGACGUGAGGUGACUGGCAGACUGUUUCAGUAAAAUGCAAGUCUCAUAAGAUCACCCCCCCCCCUCCUCCCCGAAGACAUGUAGCAUUCACUGGGGAAUCUGAUGUUUUCUGGUUAUCCGAAUGUUUGAAACCUUUGUUCCUUGUGUUGAAGAAAAGGGGCCCCAGAAGCUACUGAAGACGACCAAUUCCCUGUACGCCUGUGAACCAGGCUUCUCAACCCACACUUCCGCAGAUCAGUGUUGUUAUACGAACCAUUGUUAUAGCAGAAGGCGUGAGAAUAGUAGUGUUAGAAGUGAAGAGCAAGAAUGAUGGUGCGGGUGUGGUUGGCAGGCCAUGACACUACGUCUUCUUGCCUUUCCAAAUGUAAAUAUAACAAAACAAUACUUUCUAAUUGUUAUUAUAAACAUUAACUUCUACUCCGACGUUAAUUUUGCCUUCAAUUAUUUUGAAAGAAUAUUAUGAUUUACUUGACGUAGCACGUGACAAUGGAGGUUAGCCUAGUGACAAAAUUGUGAAAAGUACAAAUUGCGUUUUAAGAAACUUAACAAACUCAUAAAAUUAUAAUUAAAAGGCAUAGAAAACCCGCCAGAGUUGAUUAAAACCGCUGUUAGAAGUAAACUUGUGUGGUGUUGAUAAAGACGAGUGGGACGGGAAAGGCAGUGUUAUUGUGAGCGCGAGGCGGAGACAGGAGCCGCGGCGGCCGCCUCGUCCAGGGCCCGUGACCAGUUCGAUGUUGAGUCCAGGGCUUGGAGUGGGAGGCUGGUUGUCGCACAAGGACUGGUUCUGGGUGUUGUUGAGGGGCAGCAUCAGCAGCGCCGGCAGACACCACAGCUGGGCGUGGGCGUGGAACGUGGGCUUCCUCCUCCUCAUAUCAUCUGCCACCCACCAUAACAUUAUUCCUCAUUCUACUACCCCUUCCUCCCCCCCAAUUCACCAAGCCGUGUACCGUUUCUCCGCCUUCCCCGCCCCCUUUACCGCCGGUGGUGUGCCCCCGCCCGUAGUGAAAGACAGUGUACCGCCCCAGGAAGGCAGCAGGAACAAGAGCCCCGCCAUGACGGAAAUACAAAUGUACAAGGUGAUGCUUGCAUUUGCCAUCCUGGUCUUCUGGACAGGCUUCUGGGUCGUACACCUCAUCGGCAUCAUUUAUGGGUACCGUCGCCUGCACCACCGUCGGGCAGUGAGUGUGGAGAGCGGGGAGCAGGGGGUGCUGGGGGUCAGUAUCUUGAAGCCUCUGGUCGGCACCCCCAUGGACCCCAACCUUAUGACCAACCUCGAGACCUUCUUCAACCUCAACUACCCCAAGUUUGAGCUGCUGUUCUGUGUGCAGGAGGAAGGUGACCCAAGCAUCAUGAUUGUCCAGCAACUGAUGAAGAAGCACCCGCAUGUUGACGCUUCUUUCUUUACAGGUGGCUUGGAGGUGGGUGUGAAUCCCAAAAUCAAUAACAUGCAGCCGGGGUACCUGGCAGCCAAACAUGAGUUACUGUUGGUUUCUGACUCGGGUCUGCUCAUGAAGGAAGACACGCUUACUGAUAUGGUUGCUCAUAUGACACCUGAUGUUGGUAUUGUCCAUCAGAUGCCCUUCACCUGUGACAGGAAGGGAUGGCCAGCUAUAUUGGAGAAGGUUUACUUUGGUACUGGACAUGCAAGAAUGUACCUGUUUCUAGGACUACUGGACACUCUUGGCUUUGGUGUCAACUGCUGUACCGGAAUGUCUUGUCUGAUGAGAAAAAAGGUGCUGGAUGAAGCUGGAGGAAUCAGUGCUUUUGGCAUAUACUUAGCAGAAGAUUACUUCUUCGCUAAGUACAUCCAGGAUCGCGGCUGGGGAAUUCGCAUUGCCUCACAGCCUGCCUGGCAAAAUGCAGGAAUCUGUCGAGUUAAGAUCUUCCUGUCCAGACUAACAAGAUGGUGUAAAUUACGCAUAGCAAUGGUACCUCACACAAUACUGUUGGAGCCAUUGAGUGAGUGUAUGGUACUAGGGCUGAUUGUGUCGUGGGCUGCCACUAUUGUGUUGCGGGCUGACUACCUUGUCUUUUUUCUGUUUCACACACUUUCAUGGUCUCUUGCUGAUUGGAUCAUGCUCAAUAUUGUGCAGAAUGGGCCUCCUCCAUUCAGCAAGUUUGAGUUUGUGAUUAGCUGGUUAUUCCGAGAAGUAAGUGCCCUCUUUAUCUUCCUUCAUGCUGUGUGGAACCCAGUCAUCAGCUGGCGUACUGGGUCCUUCAAGUUGCGGUGGUGGGGUGUGGCAGAGCCUGUCAAUACCAGGGUCACUGUGAUGUAACAUGUAAGUUUUGCGGGACUAUUCUCACGAGAGCUUACAGCUGUGUGUGGACGCUGUCAUAUGAAAUGGCCCCAGAAAUUAGCAGACUUCAUAGCUUCUCUGUACAGUAUAUGAUGUUCAUGACAGCUUCAACUUGUAGCAACCCUGAGAUGGGAGGCCCAUCAGACAUGAUCUCAUAUUGGCAACCCUGAGAUGGGAUACCCCGUCAGACAUGGUCUCGUAUUCGUGUCUUAUUUUUACAGGGUGGAUAAAUAUGCCACGAUAACAGCUAUAUUGUAAGCAUGAACAAAGUCCAUAUGAAUCUUAGCACUAUACUUCUGAUUGCAUUAGGGAUGCAUAAAAAUAUCCCUAGGUAUUGCCUGAUUUUACCAGGUAUACAUAGCUGCCAUUUCCAGAUGAUGGAGGCACCUCAUGUUGGUCCAUAUUGUGACACAGUAGCUAUUAUUUCACUUUCAUGUGUGCUGAUAUUUGGCAGUGGUGUAAAGUUGAUACAAUUGACAUAACGAAUGAAAGAGUACGAAGGCAAGAAUUGCUUUUGAAUGAUGAAUUAGUAAGGCAUUAGUAAAAUUAUGUUUAAUUCACUUUGCCAGGACACUGACAAACAUUAUAAUUUUGUGGUCCAGCAAGUAAUUGGGUACAGUUGCACCAGCCAAAUGUUGUUACACUAUAAGCUUGUCAGCUUUUUUCCAUAUUGAGUGCCCAAGAUGGGCAUUAAAUAUUGGAUCUUGGUUAGCACACUAGUUGAAAAUGUUUUCUUUACUGAACCAUGAUGAGAUAUUUAAAUUUGAAGAUAUCAGCAUUGUUUGGUGUAAUGAUUGCACGAGGUGGUUACAAAGACAUACAAUAAGCAUAAAAAGUGCAGGGAAUUAGUGUUUAAUAUUAAGACUGGCACAUGCUGGGCCUUGCAUGUACGAGUGUGGCAUCACACAUGUACGAGUGUGGCAUCACACAUGUACAAGUGUGGCACCACACACGUACAAGUGUGGUAUCUGGAAAAGCCGUUGGUGUUGGUGCCGUCGCUGUGUAAUAUAAUACUGGGAUACUCGAGUAGUGUAUGGUCCGAGGGAGCCUGCUAUACGUUUAACUUCCAACCACUACAUUCUGGAAAGUUACUGUACAGUUACCUUAUUUUUUUUAAUAAUUUUUUAUGUUGCAAGCCUUAACAAUUUUAAUUGAUACUUUGCAAAAUUGUGCAUAAUUUUUACAGUACAGUAUGCACUUUGAUGUUUUUAAUGUAAUUUUUUAUAAUAUUUGUUUUCAAAAUAAACCGUUAUGAUCGUUAAGUUUAUUGUAAUACAAGAUAAAGGUGCAAAAUUUAAUACUAUAUAUACAACUUGACAUUUAAACCCAAAAUACAAAAGUAGAGUAGUGUAUAAGUAAAGCACAGCAUCAAAUAGAUGAGACAUGUAAACAGAAAAAAUACAGCAUCUUUCAUCACAUAUUCCGUCCCUUGUAUACAGGCUGCCAUAAGUGACCAUCAAGACUUUUAAUUCCAAGCUUUGUUUAAGAUCUGGAUUUGCCAUUGACUAGCUUAUUUGUGAAAACAAAACAAAAAAACUUGAAUGCCUGACCAAUGUGAUCAGUGUUAUGGUGAGAGUGGAGUGGACCAAAAGGUCGGACUUGCAGGUGAUCACACCGUGUGUGAAAAAGAUGUCGGUAGCACAAAUUCAUGGAUAAUAUUAGUACUUAAUUUUUAUUUAAUGCGUUUAUCAACUUGGUCACAAGUUACAAGAAUGACUGUAGUGUGUAAUAAAUGCAACAUGUACAUAUAAGGAUCUAUGUGCAAGUUUGUGUGCUGAAUGUAAGUAUAUGCCAAGUGUUGUAUAUAUGAGCAGAGUCUUGUAUCAAAUCAUUUAUUUAUAAGCUUAGACUUUGAGGUGGCAGUAGGUUCUUGGUUGUACAAGUGCACUAAUAAUUAAUAUUUAUACAGAGUAAAACUUAAGGUAACUUGCAUAUUUCAACAAAGGCCUUUAACAAGCAUACCCGGAGACCAAAGAUAUCUCAACACUUACCUUGGAAAAAAAUUAUGAUAUCUAACCGUCUGAGAAUGAAGAAACAAUAUGAUGUUUCAGUCCGCCCUGGACUAUUAUCAAGUUGCGUAAUAGUGUGUGGAAGAGAUUAAUAAUAUAAGGAAUGAGGGUGAGAGGAAUGAAACAAAGAUGGAGAUAAACAUAAGAUGAAAGGUAAGAAUAAGAUUUAUCCCUUCCACACACUAUUGCACAACAUGAUAAUGGUUGAGGACGGACCGAAAUGUGGUCAUUUCUUCAUUUUCAGAUAUGUGGGUUGGGUAUCAAUUCUUCAGCCAUGUUAUUGUGACUUGUCGUCUGCACAAACUUUGAUGUACAGUAUUUGGUUGUUAUUUCUUAAUAAAGUACUGUAUGUCAUAACUGGUAUCUAAAUAUAAGUUGUAAUGGGGAAAUAUAUGAAUAAAGUAUUAAAUAAAAGGUGAAAAUUAAAAGAAAUGUAUUUGAAGAGUUGCAAAUUAGAUAAGUGUGGUGUGGUGGGAGAGAAACUACUAUUGACUAUGUUAACUGUGUGUGCUAGGCUAUAGCUUCUCUCAUAUUAUUGAAGGCUUUCAAUCUGACUCAUUCUUGUUUACAUCUUUAAGAAUGUCAUGUAUGUUUAAAAUUUGGUCAUUAGACAGCCCACUACCACAUGCCACCUCUACACAGAGUGCUUCAAAUAGUGCUUGUACUGUGCCUUUUACAUAUGUGGCAUUAACUUGCAUUUAAUUACAUUUUGUAUUAAAAUAGAAUGUAACAAAAUAUCUUGUCAUUUAAGCUUAAGUAAAAAAAGGAACCAAGGUUUUUGCUCAACAUAUGUCAGUAAGUGUUUUGGUGUCCUUAUUGUUAUUAUAAACUAUAAACCUGCAGAUCUUAAGAUUUUUUCAAAGAUAAUGUAGAGAAUAUAUCAACUCGUCUUAAUUUUUUUUAUCAAAAUGAGCUGUCUGUUAUGGUUUGAAAGUUUCCCAUAUUUUUUGACAGAGCUUAGGUAAGACGUUAGUGGGAUAAAUAUGGUAAUGAAAAAUUCUGCACGAAUGAUCUUCAACCUAUAGUUGAACAUAGGCAACCCACCUGACCUAUCGAGGUCGAUACUUAUUAGUCCAAGGGAGCAUCAGUAUUACAGAGCUUUUAAUUUGACUGAAACACCAGGAUGAUAAUGAUGCUGUGGGGGUCAUAGUGUCUAUAUUUCAGUGCAUUAAGUGUGAGGACAGAUUGAAAUUAAUGCAAAAUGAUUGGAAAAUGUUCAUACAUUGUAAAUGAACAGUAAUAUUGUUUUCUGGACUUUUAAUAGGUAAAUGUUAAUUUGUUAUCAGUGUACCAUUGUUUUACAUUAUGAUGGAAACUAUAAGGUUGUGAUGAUUGACGAGUUAAGAGUGACACUUGAAGCAAGGUGGUCAUCAGUAUCCUAGGCAUUAUUUAACUGUACACUGCAGACUGAGUAACAUACCUGUCUUCUAUGCAUAACUCAAUUGAAUCCUUCACACACAAUAAUUUGUAUUUAACAUUAUCAGGUAUAUACGUAAUGCACAAUGACUCCAGUAUUAGGCCUUAAGGAAUGUAAGUCUGUAAUUUAACUUUUAUGGAGAUAUAUAUUUCCACUUUAAGGGUCUGAAGUAUUGUUAAAUAUUUUUUUUUUUGUGUGUGUACUGUCACUCAACAUAAAUACACAGGAUAAUGGUAUAGAGUCCAGCAUGCUUACCCCUUUCAUGUGUUACACUACUUAAUUUUUGAAAUACUAAAAAAAAUAAAAUGGCAUUGAUAUUUUGGUGUGUAUGAAUGUAUUGUGUAUUAGUUUACCAAAUUAUUGGACAUAGUCAGGCAGUACAAACUUAAUAUUGAGCAAGUGAACUUUCCAGUAUCAAAGUUGGUGAGUUCGAUUGGCCAUAAGUAAAUCACUUUCUCCUAGUCACAUUAUGCAGUUGCCAUAUUUGUUGUAUGUAAAUUAUCACUGAAAAGCAAGGGAAGCAUUUACAUAGAGCAAGUAAUUUUUUGUUUAAUGUUUUGUACACAAACACAUUAUUGCAUUUAUACUCUUCCACAAUAAAUUUACAUUUUUUGUUUCAGAAGAAAACUGAAAAGUUACUUUGAGAGUAGUAUGAGGACAUUUUGCUCUAUAAAUGCUGGUUUUGUUUUUCUAUGAUUGGUCUUGUGUGCAUAAAUUGAUGUUGGUAGUUUUGCAUUCUUAUAUUUCACAAUACGAGAUACAAACGUUCACAUUGUGUAAUUUUGUUUAAAGCAUGUAAAUAAAAGUUACCACUACAAUUUCUAAAGUGUUUAAUUUAGAUGUGUAGUUCUGUUGUCUAAACAUCAAUCUUGCAACAAUUUGUAGUCGAUGAUAUGCAAAACAUAUUCUUAUCUAAUUUAGUAUCCGUGUAAUAGCAUUUCAAAGAAAUUAAUACUUAUUUUUCACAAGAAUAAGAACCAAGAUGAAAUAUUGUAAUGAUUUAUAUAAUAAUUUAAGGAGAACAUUUUAUUUGUGAAGGUUACAGGAAUUAUAAUUAUUAUUUCCAAGUAUGAACCUGAUAGAAUGGAAAACUAAAACAGAAUACAUAACUAAUCGUUAAAUUUUUUUAAAGUUAUUUUGAUGUAAACGUUAAAUGAAGGUAAUACAGUUCUCUAUUGUUCCAAAAUUAUACCAUAUAUACAGAUUUUUAAUUAACAGUAGGUAUGACCCCAAUUGGAACCCUUUUCAUAAAGAAUGAUGAAUGGCUGACAACUUUAUAAAUGCAGUGUUCUAAAAUAUUAUUCUGUCCUUUUGUAUGACAAUGAAUCAUUACUGUAAGUCAAAUUCAGAAUUUUUUCUUGAAGUCAGUACAGUAUUUUGUUAUAACUUAAACUUGGUUUAAAAGUAAAUAAUUUAUGGAUAAAUUCAAAAUGUGUGUUGUAUAAGUCAUAACUGUAUUUGGAUGUUAAAAAGUGACCAAGAAUGACAUCAUAACUGCUUGGUCAGCUAUUAGGGGUCUUGCUGUCUUUGACUCUACUUUAUAUCUUUCUUGAACUGGCAAAUAAACCUAAUUUCAUAAA